GUCCAUGACAGCUAUCGCGCAAAUCGAGCAAAUCAAUCGAUAGAGUAUCAUGGGGCGCAAAGGAAACAAGAAGCAGCACGUGGCUGAUGCCGCUGAUGCAGACGUAAAGGAGGAGGAAGUUGAGAGCACACCAACGCCACAGCCGACACCAAGUGCCCUUCCUUUGGAAGCUACAGCCAACGCUGGCGAAUGGGAGCGGCUAACGCACAGCGAUGGAACUCCACUAAAGCUGGAUGAACGCAUCCUGACGCGCCUGCGUGCCUGGAAAUUCGACCAGAUGACGCCAGUGCAAGCGGCGUGUGUGCCGCUCUUCUUGGAAUACAAAGAUGUUGCAGCAGAAGCUGUGACGGGUUCUGGAAAGACGCUGGCGUUUCUCAUCCCGGCAGUAGAAAUGCUGCUGCGAACCCCUCCAAAGUCUCGCAUGGCGGUGGGCUGCAUUGUGCUGAGUCCCACACGAGAGCUCGCACAACAAACGCACCAUGUGCUUUCGGAUUUGCUCAAAGACUCACCACUCACACACGUGCUCAUCACGGGCGGAAAGGAUGCGGAAACAGACAUUGUCAGCAUGGAGAAGCACGGCACAAACAUCAUUGUGGCGACGCCUGGCCGCCUCAAUGAUCUCAUCAAACGGGUGCCCUCGCUCGCAACCAACAUCAAGCUGCUGGAGGUGUUUGUGAUGGACGAGGCCGACCGACUGCUUGACAUGGGGUUCAAAACGACUCUCAAUGAGAUCCUUGCUGUCCUUCCAAAGCAGCGCCGCACGGGCCUUUUUUCCGCAACACAAACAAAGGAGGUGGAGCUGCUUGUGCGCGCUGGUCUCCGCAAUCCCGUCCGCGUCACCGUCGCCGUUGAGGAUCCGGAGAUGUUUGUGCACCGGUGUGGGCGGACGGCGCGCAACGGUCUCGACGGCAAUGCCCUGCUCUAUCUCAUGCCCACAGAGGACGAAUACGUCGAGUUUCUCAAGAUCAGACAGGUGCCGAUGGAGGAGAUGGAUGCGAUUACGGCGGCUCCGUCGCAGUUUUCUGCCGUUCGCACACACGCAGCAAAUGAUCGCGACAUUUACGAAAAGGGCAGGCUUGCCUUUGUCUCUUACAUCAGGUCCUAUCGUGAGCACAAGUGCAACUUCCUCCUCAAACUCUCCCGCCUCGAUCUGGGCAUGGUGGCGAACGGGUUUGGGCUGCUGGACCUGCCGGUCAUGCCGGAACUGAAGAAGAGCAAAGCAGCCGCCAACUUUGUCCCGAGCGAUGUUGACACAUCGGCAAUUACGUUCAAGGACAAGAAUCGGGAGAAACAGCGCCAGGAAAACCUCAAGCGCAGGGGCGACCGCACGUCUGACCCAGCGGCGAAGCGAAGCAAGGAGAGGCAGAAGCAGAAGAACGAGGCUUGGUCAAAGCAGAAGGAGCGAAAGAAGAAGAAGCUGGCGCGUGCAACGAAGAAGCAGCAGCAGGAAGACCGCAAGCGCAAGAAGAUGCUUGAAAACUUGCUGGAGACAGAACAAGAGUGGGAUGAGCUUGCGCGGGAAGUGAGGCUGCGAAAACAGCUCAAGCAGGGCAAGAUCACGCAGGACGAGUUUGAGCGGCUUGUUGGCGAAGAUGCGGAUCCGGUCAUGACCAUGUAG